CAUGCAUAGUUGUUUGUGGUCUUCCCAUGCAAAUCACAAGUCAACUUUUCAGUGGUUGAUUAGUUAGAAAUUCUAACAACCGCCUCUCAUCUGCUAGUCAUCUCUUUGGCGAGAACCGUUUUUGUACCCAUGGCUUCCACUCACAGAAUCUGUAAACAUGACGUGUUUCUCAGUUUCCGAGGCACUGACACUCGCAACACUUUCACCGAUCAUCUCUAUCACCAUCUUAUCAAAAAAGGCAUUUCCGUCUUCAAGGACGAUCAAAAUCUCCAGAAAGGAGAAUCCAUUUCACCGCAGCUUCUACAAGCAAUUCGAGAUUCAAGGGUUUCCAUAGUUGUCUUCUCAAAAGCAUAUUCUAAAUCAAAGUGGUGUUUGGAUGAAAUUGCUGAUAUCGCGGAAUGCCACGAACAGUUGAAGCAAACUGCUAUCCCCGUUUUCUACGACGUUGAUCCAUCUCAUGUUCGAAAGCAGACUGGGGUUUUCAAAAGCGCGUUUGAAUUAUACACUAAAUUGUUUAGAUCUGACCUAGAUAAGGUUGAUCGAUGGCGGAGAGCUCUCACUCAUUUCGCCAAUUUGGUUGGAUUUGAUGUUAGAGAUAAGCCAGAGUUUACAGAGAUUGAAAAAAUUGUUCAGGCAGUCAUAAAAGCAUUGAAUCAUAAAUUCUCAGGGUUUAGUAGUGAUCUUGUUGGGAUGCAGCCUCGCGUACAAGAAUUAGAAAAGCUUCUAAAAUUGAACUCAAAAAAUGAUGAUUUUCGAGUUCUUGGAAUAUGGGGGAUGGGUGGAGUAGGAAAGACAACUCAUGCUACUGUUUUGUAUGAUAGGAUCUCUUAUCAGUUUGAUGCACGCUGUUUUAUUAGUAACACUAGCAAACUUUAUAUGGAGGGUGGUGUCGUUGCGGUACAAAAACAAAUUCUUCGUCAAACUCUUGACGAAAGAAAUCUAGACUCGUACGAUACUUGUGAAAUCGCCGGGAUUAUGUUAAAUAGGCUUCACAGUAGCAUUAAGGUCCUUCUAGUUCUUGACAAUGUUGAUCAAUUAGAGCAAUUGCAGGAAUUGGGUAUAACUCCUAAUUUACUUUGGAGUGGUAGUAGAAUAAUCAUAACCACAAGGGAUGAGCAUAUUUUAAGAGUAUAUGGGGCAGAUACAGUACAUAAAGUUCCCAUGUUGAAUAGUAAUGAUGCCUGUGAACUUUUUCGUACAAGAGCCUUCAAAGGUGAAGACCAAAGUAGCGAUUGCGUUGAGUUGAUUCCAGAGAUACUAAAAUAUGCUCAAAAUCUCCCGUUAGCAAUUAAAGUAAUAGGCUCUUUCUUGUGUACCCGAGAUGCUACUCAGUGGAGAGAUGCUUUGGAUAGAUUGAAGAACAAUCCAGACAGUAAAAUUAUGGAUGUGCUUCAGAUGAGUGUUGAUGGACUACAACAUCAAGAGAAGGAGAUAUUUUUGCACAUUGCUUGUUUCUUUAAAGGGGAGAGGGAAGUUUAUGUUAAUCGAAUUCUAGAUGCUUGUGGAUUACACCCUCACAUUGGAAUUCAAAGAAUCCUUGAGAAAUCUCUAAUUACCAUUAAAAACCAGGAGAUUCAUAUGCAUGAUAUGUUACAAAAAUUGGGCAAGAAAAUCGUCCGACAUCGAUUUCCCGAAGAACCGGGAUCAUGGAGUAGAUUAUGGCAAUACCAUGAUUUCUAUCAAGUCUUGACAACAGAAACGGGAACAAUCAAUGUUAAAGCUAUAGUUCUGGAUCAAAAGGAAAGUUUCUCCAAAUGCAGGGCUGAAGGAUUUUCAAAAAUGAGGAACCUUGCACUUCUCAUAUUGUAUCAUAACAACUUUUCAGGAAAUUUGGAUUUUCUUUCCAACAACUUGCGAUAUCUUUUGUGGCAUGGAUGCCCUUUUACUUCUUUGCCGUCAAAUUUUGAGCCAUAUUAUCUUGUGGAAUUGAAUAUGCCUCAUAGUAGCAUUCAACGACUGUGGGAAGGUCGCAAGGAACUACCUAAUUUGAAAAGGAUGGAUUUGAGCAACACCAAGUAUCUUAUAGAGACUCCAAAGUUUUUUUGGACCCCAAAAUUGGAGCGGUUAGAUUUUACAGGAUGCACAAACUUAAUACAGGUCCAUCCAUCCAUUGGACAUCUUACUGAACUUGUUUUCUUAUGUUUGCAAAACUGCAGCAGUUUGGUUGACCUUGAUUUUGGUAGUGUAUCAAGAUUAAGUUCUUUGAGAGUUCUACGCCUUUCUGGUUGUACAAAACUUGAAAAGACUCCAGAUUUUAAUGGCGCAUCAAAUCUCGAGUACCUUGAUAUGGACGAAUGUACAACUUUAUCCAAAGUUCAUGAAUCCAUUGGGGAUUUGACAAAGCUUAAAUUCUUGAGUUUGAGAAACUGUACAAAUCUGGUUGAAAUGCCCGAUAGGAUUAAGAGGAUGGUAUCCCUUGUAACUCUAGAUUUCUAUGGUUGCUCAAGUCUUACAAUUCUACCUAGUAUUGAUCAUAUGAGUUCUUUGAUAUCUCUAGAUUUAAGCUUUUGCAAUCUUCAUGAAGUACCAAAUACUAUUAAAUGGUUAUGCACGUUAGAAAGACUAAAUCUACAAGGAAACAAAUUGCGUUCACUACCUGAUUGUUUUUACUUUCUUGCCAACCUAGCAUAUGUGAACUUAUCUCAUUGCCAUGAGCUUAAAACUAUUGAACUCGGCCUACCUCGAAAAAGUGUUUCUGGAGGAAAAUAUUUUAACAUAGCAGCGGGAUCUCGUGAUCAUAGGUCAGGACUUUAUAUAUUUGACUGCCCUAAGUUCACGGUUAAAUCCAAAAAUCAAUCCGUAGAAUGUUCGUGGUUACAAAGACUACUUCUGAGUCCCCGUCACUUUCGGGGUGGCUUUGACAUUGUUGUACCUUGUGAUUGGAAAAACACUGUUUUUCCAGCAAGUAGUUGUAUUCCAAGAUGGUUCAAUCACCAAUUUGAUGGCGGUUCAAUAGUAAGGAUAGUAGAUUUUGAUGAGUUUGACAAGAAGUUUGGCUUUGCCUUCUGUGUAGCAUUUGAGGUAAGCAAUCAUCUUGGGAAUUCUGGUUCUCCACAGGAUUCAUUUUCCUCAACACUCCCACAUCCUUUAUAUCUUUCUUUUGAAAGUGAACACACAGAGGAACGCUUCGAUAUGCCACUUAAUUUGGAACUGCACAAAAUUGAUGGCUGCAAAUAUCUUUGGCUAAUUUAUAUCUCUCGAGAGCACUGCCAUUUCUUAAAAACUGGAGCGCAUAUCACAUUUAAAGCCUGCCCAGGUUUGUUAAUAAAUAAAUGGGGAGUACGCUUGGUAACGAAGAAUCUAAUGAAAUCAUAUCCUGACUCUAGCUUCUUGGAACACUUACCAGACACUGAUGCGCCUCAACUUUUCUUUGAUUAUGUACAAAAAACCAGCAUUAGGUCUGGAACUAAAAUCCAACUUCCUUACAAUUGGUUGGUCACUGAAAAGGAAGAAGUUGAGAAUUCUGGAGCCAAGUCAAAAGAAACUGAUCUUUCCAAUCUGGGCCUUUAGAUAUGCCAAUCACAGCCAAAACGCACAACACGUUCUGUGAGCCUUGAGGUAAUUAUCUCACCUAAACAGUGACAUAUUAGUUGUAAUUGUGAUUGUAACUCUGGUUUGAAAAUUCUUCUGCAGAGUAGUGUUGAUUGUUGAAUAUAAUUUCAGAAAACAGACCCACAAAUCUUUUGUUUUAGCCGAUUAUAUCAGUUUCCUUCAAAUGAGAUGUUGGUGAAGCAAUUUGAGACGCUACUAAUGUUUAAUCGUACAAUAAUAAGAGGUGCAUGUGGGGAACUGAGAGGAUAAAUAAAUUUAUGGAAUUAUGUUUUAUCUUUCCUAGAAAUGAGAAUGUUUUGAUUCUUUCAUUGAAGCUUGUAAAAAUGGGUUAUCCGGUUCUAAACGGGUCUCCGAGCUUUUUAAGGUCGGAAAAAAGUCCUAUUGGAUUCAAAAA